AUGCAAAAAAACCAGCAAAGAGUCUACAAGCGGAGUUAUCCAAAUUUGGAUUCCCUUUUUGGACAUCCGUUCUCCAAUGUCAUCGGAGAGCCGAUCACACCAAUGAAGAUGGCGACAAUCUACGUCAUGCGGAUCUGCUUCCAGAUUCAUUUUGGGUUUCAUCACGAGCCGACCGAAUAUCCGAUGACGUUGAAUGAAAAGCGGUGCACGUUCUACUUGCUCGCUGGACUCUUCUUCUCACAAGAGGAUCUCACUUAUGACGAGUUCCGUUGUGCGGUUCUCAAUGUGUUCCUCGACGACGAGCGCGAGUUUGUCGCCAGCAUCUACACAGCCAUGGAGAGUAUUGCUGCUGGUGAAACCGACAUCAACUUGUGGGUGGAGGACGAGUUCUACACCAACAAGUAUGCCAGACCACCACACUUCGACAGAGACGAUGGACGCUAUGAGUGGCUUCUGGAGCAAUGCAAAGAUGAUCUCCACUUUUCCUCGCCACACUCUCACAUGUACCGUUGGCUCAAGAGGAUUCUCGGCCAAUUCGCAAAAACGUCCACUAUCGACAAAUGGAAUCUCAACAAAGCCAUGAAACGGUGGAUCUUGAGAGGUGAUGUCAACGACUUCUCCUACAAGAGUCCACUCUACUCCCCCGUUUCAUACAUGCUCAACUGCUCAUUGAGAUCUCGAUGGUUCGUCAACGACAUGAUUUACAAAAUGACUAAGAACCCAAUAAUGACGUACGAUUCUGAAAUUAUUUACCUCAUUCACGCCACUGUUCAAUAUCUUCACCCGGAUGUCUUUGAAGCUUAUAUCAUGGAAGCAAUUAGUCAGAUACAAGAUAGGGAUGCCCACACCGCCAUUAUCUGCCUCAAGAAGUUUUUCGAUUUGUCCAUGUUUGAAUUGAACGAAGACAUCGCCCACUUCUCGAGAACCCAUCGCAUGGGAGUGCCAACUCACACACCUAUGAUGUAUGCCCCGAUCAUUCAGGCUAGAGUCCACAGAUGGUUCGGAGACCUCCGAACUGCUCGUAUUCUGCUCACCGAGAGUCUCCAACAAGCUCAGAUCAGAUGUGAUGAGAUUGCUCAUCAAAUGGCAAACGUUGAACUGCACACGGUAGAUUAUAUCGGUGGUGGAUGUCUCCUUGAAGACAAGACCGUCCGAAACAUCGAGGAAGUCAAUGAUCGCCGAAUCGUGAGAAAAGCGCUGAAACACAUCAAUGAUCUCCCUGGCCACCACCGCGCUGGACCAUGCUGCAUCAGCUCCGAGGAUGACUUUGAAUUGAUUCACGAAAUGGAUUCUUACGGAAAAAUGAUCAUGGUGCUGAAGCAAAUUUCCGAAGGAACCUUUAAAAUGAAAUACCAUCGCAUCGCUGAAAUCGGUAUCACGUGUCCUUUGGAGACUGAUCCACAGGAGAGAGGUGACAAAGUGAAUGGAUACGGAUAUGCCAUCAUGACCAGCAACAUGAUCCGCAACGGAAUGUACGAGCACGCCGAAACUACUGCACAGGAACAAAUUGUCCAAAAUCAAAUGAGAGAUACAACAGAGUUUCAUCGUACGGAAGCAUUCUGUGUGACUAAUGUCAACAUGGCUUACGCUCUCGCAGCAAAAGGCGAAUAUGAUGAUUGUUAUGAACUCCUCAAUGAAAUGAACGAGCUCUAUCCAGAAGAAAUUCUGUGGAGGGGCAACGACCAUAUUCAUCUAGCCGCGGCAAUCAUCAUGUUCGAACGCGAGUUCUUGGGUGGAUACUUCAUUGAAUCUCAAAUCGCCAUCGAUAAUCUUGCCGUUUUCUCAGUGAAUGAGACCAAAUUCCGACAAUCCAUUCUAUGGGCAGCUAUGGGAAGGACCCGCGAAGCAAUCAAACUGCUUCAGGAAAUGGAAACCACUGACAUCUACAUAAAAAUCCGGAUUCAAAUGCAGCUCGGCUCCUUCCACACCUACGAGCAGAGUUACAUCGAGGCCCGAAAGCAUUUCGAGGAAGCAGUCAAAUUGGUAGCAGGAACCACUUUCCGCACUAUGCGUGCGAUGAUCAAUCGCAGAAUCUCGACUAUGUUGAUGUGCAAAGGAGAAUAUGUGGGCGCUCGUCUACAUCUUCGUGAGUGCUAUGACUGUCUCAAAAUCGAUGGAACCUACGUCGAGAAGGCCUGCAUGUACAUGACUCUGGCCAGAAUCGAUCGUCUCAUGGGCAACGAUCCACGUCCCUACCUGGGACAAGUCCGUCAUCUCGCGCACGACAAGUGGCCGACUAUGGAGAAGAUGGCUCUUGCUGAACUCGUCGCGGUUCAUAUGCCUGAUGGGCCGGUUCCCGAUUCCAACAGACUUGCCUGGGCGUGCGGACAAUUUGGCGUCUUGGAGGAGGACUAUCCAGGACGAUGCGAUUGGUUGCUCAUGUGA